AUGCCGCAGCACGGGUUUCCCCCCGGCCACCCAAUGGCUGCGCAACACCCGAAUGGACACCCGGGACCUGGCAUGGUGCAACAAAUGCAUCCUGGUGUAUCUGCACCAGGAGGACCUCAGGUUAGCCAAGCGGGUCCGAUGAUGGGUGGCAUGAUACCGGGCGCUGGGACAGCUGGACCUGGCGGCCCAGGCCCGAAUGCUCAUGCUAUGUCCCACCUAAAUCCCGCGCAGGCGCAUAUGCUUCAGAACCCUCAGUUCCAACAAAACUGUUAG